UUAUUUUCCAAACAUGGGUGAGGCUCCAAAGCUACUAUACAUUAAUGGGUUCCCAAAGUAUGGCCAUGAUGAAACAGAUCACCACCUUAUAACCAAUAAUUACGACCAUGAUAUUCCUUGGUACGAGGAAGUUAUCGAUGAUGAUCUCAAAUGGUCUUUUGCUUUGAACAGUGUGCUUCAUAAAGGGAUCAGUGAUUACCAAGAGAUAGCUCUUUUGGAUACAAAGCGUUUUGGAAAGGCCCUAGUGAUUGAUGGAAAGAUGCCGAGUGCUGAAAUGGACGAAUUCAUUUAUCAUGAAUGCUUGAUUCAUCCCCCUCUAUUAUGUCACCCCAACCCCAAAAGAGUGUUUAUAAUGGGAGGAGGUGAAGGGUCUGCUACUAGGGAGUCCCUCAAGCAUAGCAUAAGUAAUAGAGAGAGAGUCAUCAUGUGUGAUAUAGACCAGGAGGUGGUAGAUUUCUGCAAAAAAUACUUGAUUACUAACAGGGAGGCCUUUGCUCACAAGAAGCUCGACCUUGUCAUCAAUGAUGACAAGGCUGAGUUAGAGAAAAGGAAAGAGAAAUUUGAUAUCAUUGUUGGAGAUUUGGCAGACCCAGUUGAAGGUGGACCUUGUUAUCAACUUUAUACAAAAUCGUUCUAUGAAAAUAUUCUGAAACCCAAGCUCAAUGAGAAUGACAUUUUUGUGACUCAGGCUGGACCGGCAGGUAUCUUGACACACAGGGAAGUCUUCACUUCUAUAUACAACACAAUCAAACAAGUCUUUAAAUAUGUGAUAGUAUACACAACUCAUGUACCAUCUUUUGCUGAUACUUGGGGAUGGGUUAUGGCUUCAGACCAACCAUUAUUCAUUGGUUCUGAGGAAAUGGACAAAAGAAUCAAAGAAAGAAUAAAUGGAGAAUUGCUCUAUCUAACUGGUGACUGGUUCCACUCAUCUACCACCAUGAACAAGACUCUUUCGCAAUCGCUUCAGAAUGAAACUCAUGUGUACACUGAAGAAAAUGCUAGAUUCAUUCCUGGACACGGUGUGGCUUAUCGUCUCUGAUGUUUCAAGCCGUAGGUUGAAGAUGAAUUCUUGCAGUAUACUUUCUCAAAUAUUUCUGAGUUUAGAUUUCACUUCAAAAUUAUCGCAGGGCCUGAGUAACUCAAGUUGUUUGGAAUAGCUUAUUUGGAGUUUAUUUAAACUUGUCAUUUGAUUUUAAUCACUAGCUUUAGCAUUGUUUCAUCAAUCUGGGUCAAUAUAUCUAAGUUAGGUUGAUUUAGAAGCUCCUGUGUGCUAAUGUAACAUGAUAGAUUUGUUUCUACUCUGAAUUUCCUCAAUAAGAAUUAAG